AUGGCGUCUCUCGAAGCCUGCGAGGAGAAAAUGACCUCGAGCGUAUCGGUCAAGACCGAUCCGGAGCACUCUGAGGUCGCUGUGUCAAACCCGGUGCCCGCGUAUGACGAAGCCGAGACGAAGAGAAUUCUGCGCAAGGUCGACUAUCGCCUCGUCCCGAUGCUGGCCGUCAUGUACUUGCUCGCCUUCGUUGACCGCUCCAACAUUGGAAACGCAAAGGUCGCCGGGUUGAAUCAAGACCUGCACCUCACCGGAUCACAAUAUAACAUCGCGCUCACGAUAUUCUUCGUCCCCUACAUCAUAUGCGAAAUCCCCUGCAACAUAAUUCUCAAGCUCACUCGGCCCAGCAUCUGGCUGCCGUCGAUCAUGAUCGCUUGGGGUGUGGUCUUGACCUUGACGGGUAUUGUUAAAGAUUUCAGGGGCCUUGUUAUCUGCCGUUUCUUCCUCGGAGUUACAGAGGCCGGGUUUUUCCCGGGCGCGACGUACCUCCUUACGAUCUGGUACCUCAGAUACGAAGUUCAGACUCGCAUGGUUGUCUUCUUCGCCGCCGCAUCUCUGUCUGGUGCCUUUUCCGGACUUCUGGCUUAUGCUAUCCAACAUAUGGACGGUAUUGGAGGUCUUCGAGGCUGGCAAUGUUUUUCCUUCACAAUUCCGAGCGUUAUUCGCGAGUUGGGAUAUAGUGCCGCAAACGCCCAACUAUUAACUAUUCCGAUCUACGUCUUGGCGAUGAUCUGCACAGUCGGCGUGGCCAUAGCGUCAGACCGCGCGAAGCAGCGAUACAGCUACAUUCUUCUCGGCGCUGUGGUGGCAUCCCUGGGCUUCAUCGCCUUGAUCGCAUCCCCGCGUCCAGGCUGGCCAGGCUUGACCUACGGCUUCCUCUUCUUAGCUUCUAGCGGUGUUUAUUCCUGCAUUAUACCUACUAUCUGCUGGAUUGGCAACAACCUCGCACCCUCUAGCAAGCGGGCCAUCGGCAUGGCGGCCCUAAUCGGCGGAGGCAACCUCGGCGGCAUCGUCGGCAGCAACAUUUUCUUGGAGCAGGAGGCGCCUCAGUACUGGACCGGCUACGGCGUUUGUCUCGCCAUCAGCCUCCUGGCCAUCGUGGCCACGCUUAUCCUGCGGAGGGCGUACCUGAGGGAUAACCUCGCCCGCGACAAGAUGACCGAGGCUGAGAUCAGGGCGAAGUACACCGACGCUCAGCUUGCCGAGCUGGGUGAUCGCAGCCCGUAUUUUAGGUAUACUCUGUAA